GCACCGUCCGGAUGGGUACAGACACUGUUGGCCGACGAGAAUCUACUGAUAGUGGCCGCGAGUGCCGGCGCCGUUGUCUUCCUACUGGCGUCCAGUGUUGUGGUGAUCGUCGUGUGCGCCGCCCGCCGGCGCCGCCUGAAAGGUCACCUCAACCCACACGGUCUCAACGGUCUGAACGGUGGUCACCGACCGCUGGACGGCUCCAAUGGUGGCCUCAACGGUGGUCUCGCCGCCGGUUUUAACGGCCCGAUGGUCUCCACGCAGGCUUUCCAACGCUUUUCCGGCACCACUAAUAGUACCAUCAGUUCAGUGCACAGUCGCGACGGCGGCGGCUCCGGGAGGCAGAAGUCGGCGUCGUUUGCCUUAAUUAAUCAGUUGCCGAUUUUGGAUGAGAGAUCGAUGCGAAACGGGAGGUGCACAGCCCUAUCCAUCGGCGAAAUGGACUACCAUCAUGGUACUAAUCAUCGCAAACUCAUAAGUGGAGGCCUCGGCGUUAACAUAUAUACCCCACAAAAAUCGCCCCUAAUCUCCACAUCGAUGUCCCAAUGCGUACAACUGUGCCAACCGGGGGCUGACGGCGAGUCACCCCUACUGUGCCCGUCGGACGGCUACCGCUCGGACGAUAUGCCCUCCGAUGACGACGAGUGCGAAUCGCCUACACCUAUGAGCUCAUCGCCGGAUGGGCUCCGGGAGGGCGACGACGAGCGGGAGGACAGUCCGGCCCAUCAUUUCUAUGAGAGACCACAUCAUUAUAGCACUCAACCUAAACACGAUAAUCGUAUACAUUAUAAUAUACCGCCCCCUCGGCCGGCGCCCCCGCCUCCCGAUCUGCUCGUAUACCACGAGCCGCAACCGUUGGUGGCCGUCAGGCACGGCACGAAUCCACGGCUACGUCACUAUAGCUACAGUCAAACCCCGGCGACGACGAGAGUCGAUAAUUUUGAUUACGAUUAUGACUAUCAGAUCAGAUGA